GCCCGCAGACAGCUAUGACAAAAGCAACCUGCCUGAAACUUCUAACUUUAAUAUUGAUCAUAUUCAUUAUAUGUCUUCCAGAGUUUUUCAACAAUCAACAAAGUUUUACAUUCUCAUGUGUCAGAAUUUGUCCCAAGGAAUUUUCAGUUCAAGAUUUUGUCAACAUCUCCCAUCUCUGGUUCUGCCAGAAAGACCAUCAACAGGGAAACAUCAAAUCUGAAAGCUUCGCAAAUAUUUCUUCAACCACUGGCCGAGGUGGGAGUAUCUUCUGCAUACUAGGAGACAUGAAGAAUCACACCUACUCACAGUGGUCAUCAAGGGCUUGUAACAAUCACACUCAGGUGCGCUGUCAUGAAGCUGUAUCAGUUGGGUCUAAUGACAAUACAACUUUGGAGAUCACUGUGACAGCCCCUCUUCAGCCAGAAAGUCACAUCUUUUUAAACUACAUAACCAACAGUUUUUGCUAUAGUGUGGAAAGUUGCCAUGUUCACCCCUCAAACAUGACGCAGCUGACUUCAUUAAACUACACUUGUCGGGUCUUUUGUGAGGAGCAGAUUUCUGGAAAUGUGACUCUUCUAUUCCAGUGUUCCAUUCAAAGUACAGAAGAUUAUCUGACUCUACGAAUAGUUUGGGUGACCCUAAUGCUAACAGUCAUUCUAAUGAUUCUCUCCAUUGCUUCAAGUCAAUUAUUGUGCCCCAGAGAGCAAGGGUGUGUGAAAUAUUGCCCAUACCAUAAGGUACUACAGACAUCAGGGCAUGAGCCAGCGGGUGAGGAGACUUUAUAUGUGAAUGUUGGAGAAGCACAAAGGACAAAUCAGCAGUGAAAUGCAUUUUGUCACAGCUACUCUCUCAAGCGGUUGUAGAAGAAAUGCAAAGAUAGGCAGAAAUUGCUGGAGCACAUGACUGGAUCUGAGCCAACAGCUACAACAGCAGAGAUUUCACCUACAGCACCCUGUGCAGUUUUGCAUGAAAAGGUUCACUAUUAAGCUGCCCAUGACUGUUUGGAAGGAUUUCCAUGAACUGCUACUGGAAUCUGAGAGAAAAAGGAAGACAAUUUGGUAUAAUGUGCCUGACUCACACUUCCAAAACUGAAGAAAAAAAAAAAAAAACCCAAAGGAGAUUUUUUAUGAGCCAUCUUCUAAAGUACAUUUGGACAAUGGAGUCAUAUGAGUUACCCUUUGAAAUAAACUUUACACCAUGUGAUACCUUGAUCAUUUUAACAUUUAGUAUGAGGUUCAGUGGCCAAACCAAUUUUAACGGUAAACAUUAUGACAUUUGUGGGGACGAACAGUUAAGAAAAGUCAUAGAUUACUGCUCAUUUCAAGACGUUAGGAAUAUGUUGGCUGGUGCCACAACAUUGGCUUGGUGUGAGUGAACAUGGAAGUGUGCGGGAGGGAGUGUGGACAGCCUGAUGGAGAACACUGUCUGGACCCUGCAGUGGAUUAAACAGUUCCAGAAACUCAAUGAAUCUCCUGUGGUCCUCACUAUCACAAUCCCUUUUACUCAUUUUGUCCCUGGGGUGUGUCGUCUGUUUCACAUUCUUCUUUUUUGACGUGUCUAUGCUUCUGUGUUCAGCUUUUAUUCAAAACAUUUUAUUCAUGGAGAAGCCUGGCCCUUUGAGGCUCUCCCAUAAUGAUAGGUCUGGCACGAUCUAAGCAAAAGCUGAUAGUAACAUGUAUGUUUGGUCACCUUUGGUUGCUUGUAGAAAAUAAUCAAUGCAGCCUACAAAUAUGUGCUGUAGAAUGGUAUGAAUGUCUAGUUAUACGGUAUGUGCUGUUAUAAGAAAAAGCUUAUCUAUUAUUCUUUUUUUAGAAACUCACAAAACUAUGCUAAUCUUUGAAGAAAUCCUCAAAUCACUGCAUGCAUGAUGCAUCUACUCAAAGAUAAACAAUUUUGUGUUUCCUAUACUUAAUGCACAUUCACCAAGGAUUACGUUCUGUCAGAUAAGCAUUGGUGUUGACUUUACUAUUUAUAAAUAGAGACCAGGGAGAAAGUGCAAGUGUUUUAAAAUAUAUGGAAUGUAAAUCUGUGUCAAGAGUAAUCUGAAACAUUCAAGCAGAUUUAGCAAAAGGGAAAUCCAAGAUGGUUACUUAUCUGAAGGAUGUCCACCUCACUAUAUCAACUAACUGAUGGUGUGAUCUAACUAACAAAUGUAAGUUAGCAUAAUGUUUCUAGAUUACAUCAGAAAAUUUAUAAAGAAAUUGAAUUGCUCCCAGCAUCAGCCCUGAGGAAGAUGCCAUGUCUAGCUGCAAACAUGAAUGAGAGAGUAAUAUGAUAAACGAAAUUCUGAGACCAUCUUCUAGUCUUAAGAAGACAAAGAAUGUGUUUGAAUGGAUGGGACCUAUGAGUGUGAAUAGAAUCAAAGUUUCCUUAAAAGAGAAGUUUAAAGUCAGACAUACAAGUGACAAAAUGGCUACAAACACUUAAUAAACAAGCCUCAUGAGCGUUAAAGUACAAAUAUCUGCUUAGUAGUUUUAUGAUUUGACCCUCACAUACAAGUCAGAAUUGUCAAAGGACAAACAGAGAUUAAGAGAUUGGAGAUACCUUUCCAACAAAGCUUUUCAGUUAACCUUAGUGGCAGUUCAUUCUCCUCAAGUCCACAAGGAUCCAUUCUUGAUCCAGUUCCUUUCCCCCAAUACAUGUUUCCCUAGCAUCUAGUUUUUAUAAAUAUGGAUUAUCCAAUCAAGGCUCUGUGAAAUUCCGAGUGGACUGUUUGGAAGACAAUUAAACUUGGAUGUCACUGAAUUUUCUUAACCUAAAUUAAAGUAAAACUGAAAUUGCAUUGUUUGGAUCCCGUGGCUUGGUUGAUACACCGAAAUGUAACCUUGGCCUGCGGACAUCUAACAGUAAACCUACUGUAAAUAUUUGGGUGUACUAUUUCAUAGCACCCUUAAGUUUGAAAAGCAGAUAAUUUCCAGUUAUUUUCAGCUAAAGGUUUUAGCCAAAGUUAAGACUUUUCUUACUUUAAAUGAAUUGGAGAACAUGGUCCACGCUUUUAUUACAUCUUGGCUUGAAUACUUUAACUCGUUCUGUACGGGAGUCAGUCAGUCAUUCAUCUCCCACCUGCAGAACAGUUCAGAACGGUGCUACUCAGAGAACACAUUACUACCGUUCUAGCUUCCUUCCAUUGGCUUCCAGUUUGCUUUAGCAUUGACUUUAAGAUUUCACUGUUUGAUUUUAAAGUCCUUGAAUGGGUCAUCAACACCUUGCUGCUCAGACCUUGUGCAUUAGCACACCCCUGAAAGGCCACUUAGAUCUUCUAACCAAAUGCUGCUGAAUGUUGCCAGAUUGAUGUUGAAACACGGGGUUGUUGUGCCUUUUUAGUCACCGACCCAAACUACCACUUUACAUCAGGACUGAACCUACUUUAGGUACAUUUUAAUCACAUCUUAAAAUUCCCUCAAAGUCUCUAUCUUUUAAUUCUAAUUGAGUUUUUGAUUGUUAUUCCUACUUGUUUUACUCUUUUUAUGUUGGGUUUCAAUUUUUAUAUUUUUUUGGUUUUUAUUGGUACAGCACAUUUGUCAAAAUGACUUUAUAUACUUGCGUAUAAGUCGGGUCUUGAAACCCGAAAAAUUGAUCAUAAAAUCAGACUCUGACUUAUACGCCCGUU